UCAAACAACAAAAACAACAAAAACAACAACAAAAAGGAAACAAUAUAAAUAUUAUAUCUUUUUUCUCUUUCCCCUUUUUCAACUUUCAAUCGCUUCUUUUUUUUAUCUAUACAUUCUUUCUAUUUUCUCUCCCCUCUCCCUCCCUCCACCUCUCUUCCCUCUUUUUUAUUCUUAUUAUUUCAUUCCUUUUCUUUCACGCCCCCCUCUCCCCUUCUUCUUUUUUAGACAUAUCCUCCUCCAUUUACGCAUACCGUCACGCUACACUAUAAAUUAAACUUCAUUCAUUCAUUCUACUUUUAUACUCAUACGCUCUUUUCUUCCAUUUUUCUUCCUUUCUUUCAAAAAAACCCCCUCUCUCUAUUUCUAUCGCUUUACCUCUUUCCACACAAACAUUCGAGUUCACAGACCAAAAUUCAGGCAAUGUUGGUUAACACUUCCGAACAACAGGCGCAUCACCACGCGACAGCAAAAUGCCUACGCGCCACAGCCUCAGAACCGCCACAGUUAUCAUCUAGACCGCCGCCACCAGCACACCUGUUCUGCUCCACAAUGACAGUGAUGAUGAUCAACAGCAGCAUAUUCACACGCUUCCUCCUGCCCACCCGGCUAUUCGCAUCCGCAAUACUCCCACUGUCACUGUCGCCAGAAUCCACAGCAACAACAACAGCAACAGCUUCAUCCUUGACGUCCAUCACUAAAUAUCUCUGGGCAUCCCUGUGUUCUGCAUGCAAAUGGGCUUCGACAGCUGCCACAACCAGCCAGAUCAACGACAGCAAUAGCAGCAGCAGCAGCAUACUCGGCAGUGAAUUACACACUUCUCCACCAGAAUACUCCUCCGACCUUAAAUACGGCUUCCUACAGGGAACAUUCGGGCUCCCCUAUGGCGGGUACAUAGUGAGGCCGGCUUACGGACUGCGCACAACACUAACAUUGACGGACUCCGCCAGCAUGUUCAGCGUCUUCGGCACUAAGCAGGAGAUAAUAUCCUACCUGCGGUCCAUGCAAACCAUGGUGUUUACAAAAAUGACUGCGCGCACAUACACCAGCGACAUUGUCGUCGAACUGUACCGCACAACUGAGCAUAAUCAAAUGACCCUUUUGCGCAGACUGUUGGAUUUCUCACCGCAGAGGCAGUUAGUUAUACGGGCGGGGAGAUCAUUUACGCCGUCGGAUUUUAAACCCUUGGUCAGAAUCCAGGCACCGCAAGGCUUGAGACUGUGCGAGAUUGCGGGAAUUCUAGAGGAUACCGCUGGGGGAGCGGCUGCGGCUGCGGUGGCUCCGUUGGGUGGGAAAAAAUUUGCUGUUAAUUUGACCAGGGAUAAGGAGCUGAAUAUUAGAGUCAUGGGAAGAUUGCGAUCUGCUUCUUCUUCUGUUGCGCUUCUGGGUGGUCGAGAUGAAGGAUCGCUUGCAUGCUUUGAUGCUUCUUCUUCUGACUGUGCUGCGCUUUUGCCGCCUUAUGAAAUAUGCCUAAAUGGAUUACCACCUGCUUAUUCUUUGUGAAUAAAAAAAUAGGAUGUGUUGUGUUUUCUUGGUUUCUUUAUUUGUCUUUACCUUUGUUUUAUUUGUCUAAUUUAACA